AUGGCCGCACCGGGACCCCGCGCCUGGCGGUCUGUGCUCUGUGGCGGCUGCUGCUGCCUCCUGCUGUGCGUCCAGCUGGCGGCGGCAGGGAAAGGAGCCCGAGGCUUUGGGCGGGGUGCCCUGCUCCGCCUGAACCUCUGGCCAGCCAGCCAAGGGGGUUGCGGGCAGCUGGAGCAAUGCGAGCCGUGUGUGGAGGGCAGCAGAGCGCACAACCUCUCAGGCUGCGUGUGGGAGCAAUGCCAGGCCGAGGAGCCAGGACACUGUGUGGCCCCAGCGGAGGCGGCAGCCAAGGAAGACUGCUGGGUCUACAAUCACUCGGAGGCAUGUCCAGCUGCCCACCACCACCCCACCUAUAAUCCGAAGACAAUCACCACAGGUAGGGAGCACCUGGGGGAUUUUGAGAUGGUGGGCAGCUUCUGGGCAAGCCUUCUACAGCUCCUAGUCUCCUACCCCCCCUCCCUGGAGGGUCCUCAGCGGCAGCUUCAGGGCCUCUGA